UAAUCAUCUUCCAGUGAACGUCCAACGGGCAAGCUUUGGGGAAAUUGCAUUUCUUCUUAUAUAUAUAGAGCUUUAGGGUAUACUACUUCAGCAACUCGCAGACAAACAUGGCUACUACCAAUGCCUCACUUCAACUUCUUUUUCUUGUCAUUAUGUCCUCGGGGUUUCUUUUCCCUGAAACCCUUAAACCAGGCUGCUGCCAUGGUGAUCACCAUAGGGUAGCCUCCUUUGAAACUGAGAGGGUAGCUCUUCUCAUCAAGUUCAAACAAGGCCUUACAGAUCCUUCUCAUCGACUCUCAUCUUGGGUAGGGGAAGACUGCUGCAAAUGGAGAGGCGUCGUCUGCAACAACAGGAGUGGACAUGUCAUCAAACUCAAUCUGCGUAGUCUUGAUGAUGAGGGAACAUCUGGCAAGUUGGGCGGUGAGAUCAGUCUUUCUUUGCUUGAUUUGAAAUAUUUGAAUCACUUAGACCUGAGCAUGAAUAAUUUUGAAGGGACUCGAAUCCCCAAGUUCAUUGGUUCACUGGAAAAGUUGAGAUAUCUCAAUCUCUCCGGUGCCUCCUUCAGUGGACCGAUUCCUCCACAACUUGGAAAUCUUUCCAGGUUGAUCUACCUUGACCUCAAGGAAUACUUCGAUUUCAAUACAUACCCUGAUGAGUCAAGCCAGAAUGAUCUUCAGUGGAUAUCGGGUCUUUCUUCUUUAAGACACCUUAAUUUAGAAGGAGUCAAUCUAAGUAGAGCUUCUGCUUAUUGGCUUCAUGCUGUUAGCAAGCUUCCUCUUUCCGAGUUGCAUCUACCUAGUUGUGGACUUUCUGUCCUCCCUCGUUCUCUCCCAUCUUCCAAUCUUACAUCCCUUUCAAUGCUUGUUCUCUCCAACAAUGGUUUCAACUCCACAAUACCCCACUGGCUAUUCCAGCUGAGGAAUCUUGUACACCUUGAUCUCAGCUUUAACAAUCUUCGAGGCUCAAUUUUAGAUGCAUUUGCAAACAGGACUUCUCUUGAAAGUUUAAGAAAGAUGGGUAGCCUCUGCAACUUGAAAACACUGAUCCUUUCUGAGAACGAUUUGAAUGGGGAAAUAACUGAAAUGAUAGAUGUUUUAUCUGGGUGCAACAAGUGUAGUUUAGAGAACCUGAAUCUGGGAUUGAAUGAACUGGGUGGUUUUCUUCCUUAUUCACUAGGAAACCUGUCCAACUUGCAGUCUGUUCUGCUUUGGGACAACUCGUUUGUAGGCUCAAUUCCGAAUUCAAUAGGAAACUUGUCGAAUUUGGAAGAGCUGUACCUCUCUAAUAAUCAAAUGAGUGGGACCAUUCCAGAAACACUUGGACAACUUAAUAAGUUGGUUGCGUUAGAUAUCUCUGAGAAUCCAUGGGAAGGUGUUCUAACAGAAGCCCAUUUGUCAAAUCUCACAAACUUAAAGGAGUUGUCCAUCGCUAAAUUUUCAUUACUUCCAGACCUAACAUUGGUUAUCAAUAUCAGUUCUGAGUGGAUCCCCCCUUUUAAGCUCCAAUACCUUAAGCUGAGAUCAUGCCAAGUGGGUCCUAAAUUUCCAGUUUGGCUCAGAAACCAAAAUGAGCUUAACACUCUAAUACUCAGGAAUGCUCGAAUUUCAGACACCAUACCAGAGUGGUUUUGGAAGUUAGACUUGGAAUUGGAUCAACUGGACUUGGGCUAUAAUCAAUUGAGUGGCAGAACUCCAAACUCAUUAAAGUUCACUCUUCAAUCCUCGGUUUGUUUGAUGUGGAACCAUUUCAAUGGUUCUCUGCCCCUUUGGUCAUCAAAUGUGAGUAGCCUACUUUUGGGAAAUAAUUCAUUUUCUGGACCAAUCCCUCGGGAUAUCGGGGAAAGAAUGCCCAUGCUGACAGAGUUACAUCUCUCUCAUAACUCUCUAAGUGGAACCCUUCCCGAGUCCAUUGGUGAACUGAUUGGUUUAGUGACUCUGGAUAUCUCAAACAAUAGUUUGACUGGAGAAAUCCCUGCAUUGUGGAAUGGUGUUCCCAAUUUGGUGUCGCGUGUAGACCUGUCAAACAACAACUUAUCUGGUGAGCUGCCAACUUCUGUGGGUGCUCUGUCCUACCUUAUCUUUUUAAUGCUCAGCAACAAUCAUCUUUCUGGGGAACUUCCUUCUGCCUUGCAGAAUUGCACAAACAUCCGUACUCUUGAUCUUGGAGGCAACAGAUUUUCAGGAAAUAUUCCAGCAUGGAUUGGACAAACAAUGCCAAGUCUUUGGAUUCUACGACUACGAUCAAAUUUGUUUGAUGGGAGCAUUCCGUUACAACUUUGCACUCUUUCCUCUCUUCACAUAUUGGAUCUUGCACAAAAUAAUCUGUCAGGAUCUAUUCCCUCUUGCGUUGGGAAUUUGAGUGCUAUGGCAUCUGAAAUUGAAACAUACAGAUAUGAGGCCGAAUUGACGGUGUUGAUGAAAGGAAGGGAAGAUUCAUAUAGAAACAUUCUCUAUCUUGUGAAUAGCAUCGACCUGUCCAACAAUGGCCUAUCUGGAGAUGUGCCUGGAGGGCUAACAAAUCUUUCAAGAUUAGGCACCUUGAACUUGUCUAUGAACCAUUUGACAGGAAAAAUACCAGACAACAUUGGGGACUUACAAUUGUUGGAAACUCUAGACCUCUCAAGAAAUCAGCUUUCCGGUCCAAUUCCACCAGGUAUGGCUUCUUUGACUCUCAUGAAUCACUUGAACCUGUCGUAUAACAACCUGUCAGGUAGAAUUCCAUCAGGCAACCAGCUGCAAACCCUGGAUGAUCCAUCAAUAUACAGGGACAACCCUGCACUAUGUGGGCGUCCAAUAACUGCUAAGUGUCCUGGUGAUGAUAAUGGAACCCCCAAUCCUCCCAGUGGAGAUGAUGAAGAUGACGAUGAAGAUGGAGCUGAGGCUGAAAUGAAGUGGUUCUACAUGAGCAUGGGAACAGGAUUUGUGGUGGGGUUUUGGGGAGUUUGUGGCACCUUAGUAAUAAAGCAGUCAUGGAGGCAUGCCUAUUUUAGGCUUGUGUAUGACAUCAAAGAGUGGCUGCUUCUAGUCAUUCAGCUGACUGUAGGCCGUCUCCAAAGGAAACUGAAUUUGGGAAGAAGCCAGCAUCAUACUUGAACAAUCUUCUGAAAUUAAGUUCCUUGAAUAAAUGAAUGCUUCUAUGUACUCUAGCACUUGAGCAUCAUGCUCAACCUUCUGAAAUUAAGUUCCUGAAAUAAAUGAAUGCUUCUAUGUAGUUUAGCACUUCAGCUUCAUGUACAACCUUCUGAAAUAUGAGGUUUCGAAUUCCAAGUUUCUUUAA